GCGAAUUCGAUGUAAAAUUAACGCAAACGUUAACCACAAUAAUAAUGAAUCGAGAAAGUGUGCUGUUCUUCAGUGGCCGAGUGCCGAAAGAAGUGUCUCAGUUGAGCUCUAAUUUGGAACAUAUUGACAAACCGACAUUCAGAGGAAUGGUAAAGGUACUGGUUACUGAGUUUGAAGGACGGGAAGUCACUCUACAAAUGUACGCUAGGCUUCGUGCAAAUGCCAAGGACCCCCAGACAUUCGACAAAGCGUUUUCGGGCCUCCACCGAUUGGUCAAAUCUGUUGUUAACCGAGACCCGGUUGAGCUUACUCCGGAGGAGUUCAAAAAGGACUUACUUCAGCUGAAGAUUUCGGACGAUUUUUCUAGCGAUUUAUGCUCAGCUUUGUUAGGCGGGCGUCGACAAAAGCUGCAGAAAAUUGCUAGAGAGAUGCAGCCUAAAUUCGAUGGACUCGAAGAAAUUGAACAUAAAAUUGAUGUUACCAUUACUUCAGAUGGCACAAGUGGUUCAAAGCGGUGGACACCUUGCGUGAUGCUCUCGAUGAAGACAACCUCAGGUGAAGUAAUCAGCGGCGAGGUCUCGAUAGACGAAUUCCACCGACUACGUCAUGGAGUAACGCAAGCACUCAAGCUUGUCGAUAUUAUGGAAAACAGACUUGAAGGAAGAUAAUAAACUUUUGUCAAUAAUAUUAUACAUAAAAUAGAACACAAUUAAUCGAAGUGCCAAAAAGCCUACAUUACAUAUAGUAGUAGCGGUCUCUACAAAGUAUUGAAUAUAAAAUAAAGUCUACAAUAGUGUACGGCCUGUA